UGCUAAUGAGUCACUAUUACUGAAGGGUUUAAAGAGUAGUUUCUACAAGAAGAGGAAUCUGUUAGAUUCAGAAAGUAGUGUUCUUAGACAGGAGAAUAAGUAAAGAAUUUGGUUAAGUUGCUUACCAGUUUGUGUGUUCUGGGGCAGAUUUGGUGAAACUGCUUAGUUUUCCUGCCUGGGGUCCCCAGUGUUGUAGGAGAGGCUCUUAAUACAGUCUUCAUGCAGAGCUUCUCAAAGCUAAAGGGGCCUCGCCUGUUCUUUCAGAAGAAGAUAUCUUGAGUUGAAGACCCUGAGUCUGGACAACACUUCUCAUUCUGGACAGCAGGAAAAAAUUUUCAUUGCUUUUUCUACCUGACAUCUGAAUUUACUGGAGACUCUUGAUGGGCUGCCUUCACCGGACUUCUAACCAGCUGCCUGACUCCAACAGGCUCCUUCCUCUGAAAAGAGCAUUGAUGGUUAGGAUGUCUGGACAUGGAAAGAAAAAUGUGGUAGCUGCAAAACCUACACUUCUACCAAGGAAAACAAAGUCAGCAAAGGCUGGCCUGCAAUUCCCAGUGGGUCGUGUCCACCGACUUCUCCAAAGAGGGAACUAUGCUGAGAGAAUAGGCGCUGGUGCUCCGGUCUACCUGGCGGCCGUACUGGAAUAUCUGACAGCUGAGAUAUUGGAACUGUCAGGAAAUGCUGCUCGGGAAAACAAGAAAGGCAGGAUUGGGCCACGACACAUCCAGCUGGCCGUGAGGAAUGACGAAGAGCUGAACAAGCUGUUUGCCGGUGUGACUAUUGCUGAAGGAGGAGUUAUGCCCAACAUCCUUCCUGCUCUUGUUCCCAAGACCACAAAGGUGCCUAAGCAAGGACUGAAAGAUGGCCAGUCACAGGAAUUCUAGUAACUGCUAACCUGCUGAAAGUGUGCUGUUUCUAAGGGUGGCUUUCUCUACACUAGCACUUCAUGCACCUUGGAUUCUUGGUUGUAAUCCAUAUAUUUAUAUAGCGACUGUGUCUUCACUGCUUGUAAAUAUUGAACCUCCGAAGGACUCCCUCUUGUGGGUUAUUGUUGUGGUUUUUUUUAAACGUCUUUGAAAUAAAUACUUAGUGCAUAGAGAA